AUGAGUCAGGGGCCGAGGCCGAGUCAGCUGGAGGGAGGGCGCGGGAUGUACGGUCCUCGACACCUGCACCUCGGCUUCAUGAACAUCCUGUGGGGAAGCAAAUUCGUGUUUAAAGACAUUCCAACCAAAUCGCAUCGGCCUCUGAUCAUGCUGAGGCUGGCCACGGCGAGACUGGGAGCCGUGGGUACGGGAGGGCGGAGCCUGAGCGCCCUCGCCGGCCCGCGAGAUCAGGUACACCUGCGCGGCCUCAUUUUCCACGGGCACCAUGGCGUGUACGAAGAGGAGCGCAAGCUGGGCCAGAAGUUCAGGAUCGACGUGACCCUGGACACCUGCUUGGCUGAUGCCGGCAAAAGCGACGACCUCAAGGAUGCCAUCAACUAUGCCAUCAUCUACAAGUCCGUGUUCAGGGUUUUUGGUAUGGAGGGUGCAAUUUACAACUCCAACCCUGCUGUCAUGCUGCACGAUCUACAGCGCGGCCUCCGUAACAUCAAGCAUGUUACUGCAGCCUCUGUAGCCUCAAGCAUUCCCCAUCCACGUCUGCCCGCAGGACGGUGGAGGGUGUGGUCACUGGCCCGCCGGCCCAGCUUCUGGAGUGCGUGGCGGAGCGCAUCGCCUCCGCCAUCCUUUCCUCCCAGUCCCGCGUCAACGGCGUGCGCGUGGAGGUGGCCAAGCCGCACGUGGCCGUGGGUGGUGUGGUGGAGGGCCUGGGCAUCUCCAUCUACCGGCCCCGGGUGGCUGUGUGAGUGCAGGCCUUAG